GUCUGUUGUCCUUCCCCCGCACCUCCAAAUAGCACGGUUGGCUAUGUACGGUGCGAAAGAAGUUCAGCGUGCGUGCAUUUCAUCAAAUCUCCAACGAGGGGAGGACCAAAAGAUGGAAUUGGGGGGGAGGUGAAAUAUUCCACCAAUAAUUUUACUUCACACUUUUUAUUGCCAUACCGUAUCGUAGCGCUUUUUAAGUCACAUCCUAAUCGAAUGCGGUUUUUUUUUUUUACCUUCUCAAGAAAUUCGAUUCGGAACCCUUUUGUGGAGGCGGCGGUAGGGGAGUGACUUGUCUUCAACUCCGAGUUGUUUUGCCUUUCCCAAGUUAGUUUGCAUUCACCUCUUGAUUCACGGGAAGCUCUUAACGGCAGCAAUACCGGGGAACCAGCUGCGCUCACCGCAGAAAAGAAAGUUUGUUCUUUGGCAGUGACGGCAUUUUAUUUUUUAUAGAUAGGCUUGCUAAUUACAUAAAGGAGCCUUCAGGUGCAUGGCAAGUGGCGGCGAGCACGCGGAGAUUCUAACUUAUAGGCGCGUUUUAUCGAGAACGCAUUAUCCCCGGGGGGACAUUUUAUCGUUUUGUUUACGUAACGGCUCGUACUGACACAGCCGAACACUCGCCGAGUUUCGUGCCGUUUUUUCGAGAGCCAAUCUCACAGGGGCCUUUCCGUUAACGCGCUAUUUCAGAGCACACGAUGGUGCACAGGAAUGUGAAGGCUAACGAUGAGAAAUGGAAAGAUUGGGGUUUCAUUAUAAAUCCUGUGCUUAUCGGAAACACAGGGAAAUGUUUGUCGAUUUUGGUGAAGUUUGUGCGAACUGAAAACAUCGACUUGCACGGAAAUCCAAAUUGCCAACUAGAUUUUUAAGUGACUUUUUAUUUAGGCUUUAUAUGACGAUACGAAUUUUUUUCUUCAUUCGAUCAGUUAUGAAUUUAUAUAUAUAAUCAAUCACCUACACAACAUAUUGUAUUAGAAUAUUUAAAUAAACGUUUGAGUAUCCCAAUACAAACACCUUCUGCUGGGAAUCGUUAAAGAUGCCUGUUAUAGUAUCACGCUUGACUUUAGGCUUAAGUGGGAAAAUUAAAAGGAAAUCAAAAACAUGCUUUCCAAUUCGUGGAUUUUAAAGAAUGUUUGUGAUGUGACCCUAAUUGUGAACCGAAUUGAUUUCAUUUUCACAGACGCAGGCCAUACAACCGUAGGUGAGGAGAAAUUUUAGUUUUAGUGAAAGGGUGAAAUGGAUUUUUAUAGUGGUACCUUCAUAACGUAGCUUUUUUUUUCGGUAUCCUGAAAAGAACACGAUCAUGAAAGUUUUAAAUGGCAACAAAAAAGCCCCCCCCCCCAAAGAAAACUGUCAAGUUAGAAUGUCUACAAAAUUGCAGUCAUAAAAUAACUAUUUACUGUGAUUCUGGCAGCCUUCCUGAAAUCUCUUUCAAAAUGGUGUUUGGUCUCCUGACCUUAACACGCCUCUUUUUUUACACAAUUUCUAUUGCUUUCAGCCUGAAUUUUAACGUGUCUGAUGCGGGGUUUUUUGGCAAGAGACAUCGGGGGAAAUGCUUCCGUACCAAUACCGGCAUUAGUGCGGUGAUUUAAAGGUAACGUGUUCAUUUUUCAAAAAAGUUCCCUUUGCGGUGUAACUUUCUUCGCCACGGUCUUCGCUUUGCUCACACGCACACCCCGCGCGGUACCAAUGGUGGUCGUGCUGCCGUGUUUUUGCUAAUGUGUAAUACCCACAAGCUCACUCUGAACCACACGUUACAAAAGUCAAAGUGAGUGCUGGAUGGUGCUCAUCUCUAUUUACGGUUCGGCAAUGAGCUGGUGAUUGAAAUUCCACGUUCCUAUGGCAAGAGACCAGUAACCCCGCAGAGGAAGAAAAAAAAGCCCGUCACUGUUCGUGAGUAGAAUGGCGACACAAAAGCAGGGGCAGAAUAACGGGGUGCCUUCGGAAAGCUAAAAUCUGAUCAUGAAACACAGAACACCCAGAAAGCAUUUUGCUGGGUGUAUAACAUCUGCUGUGACACGCAAAUGGGAAACAUGGACACUAUAAAAUAACAUUAAACAAAGGCUGAAAAAGUUUGCUCAGAAACAUGGAGAGACGCGCGCUCAGAAUUACGUUUCAGAGACAGGAGAAGGUGCGCAGGCAUGAUAGAUGUUUGGAAGAUGGCAGCAUACGCGUUUCACCUUUCCUUUGUACACCCAGCCAUAUGGGUAUAGGUACAGCCUGGGCCUGCUCGCUCGAAGAGUACCAACACAACUCGUCAUGCCAAACCUCUUGUGGAAUUUAUUGUGGGCAGAAUCGGCUGAAAUGUCAUGAGAACGUCGGCCCCAAAAUGGCUCCAUGCUUUUGUACAACAGAAAGAAGGUGAAGUAUCGGAAAGACGGCUACUGCUGGAAAAAACGGAAAGACGGCAAGACGACGCGGGAAGACCACAUGAAACUCAAGGUGCAGGGCAUCGAGUGUCUCUACGGCUGCUACGUGCAUUCUUCAAUCAUUCCGACGUUCCACAGGAGGUGCUACUGGUUAUUACAGAAUCCAGACAUAGUGCUGGUCCACUACCUGAAUGUUCCAGCCAUCGAGGACUGUGGGAAACCAUGCGGACCAAUCCUGUGCUCCAUCAACACCGACCGGAAGGAAUGGGCGAAGUGGUCACGCGAGGAGUUGGUGGGCCAGCUCAAGCCCAUGUUCCAUGGUAUAAAAUGGACGUGUGGAAAUGGCAAUGGAGCGAGUGAGUUUUCAGUGGAGCAGCUCGUUCAGCAGAUCAUGGACAGCCACCAAGCCAAGCCGCAGCCCAGGACACACACCUGCCUGUGCAAUGGGGCUGCAGGGAGCACACCGCACAAGUGCAACAGCACGAAGCACCGCAUCAUCUCGCCCAAGGUGGAGGCAAAGGGUGGCGGUGGCGCUGCCGCACAGGCCGCCCUCACCGAGGUACAGAACAUCUCCUCCGCCUCCUCAUCCACCUCCUCAUCCACCUCCUCGUCCUGUGAGACCAAGUGCGAGACGGAGCCGAGCAGCUGCAGCCCCGGCCAGGAGAGGCCCACGGGGAAGGGCUCCAAGGCGAGCCCGUCGCCUUCCCCGCCUUCUUCGUCCACCUCGGCGCUGCAGCAGCAACAGCUGCAGCAGUUGCAGCGGCAGCAGCAGCAGCAGGGCGGCAGCAGCGAAGUGGUGUCGUCGUCCACCUCCGAGAGCCAGGUGGAGAUCCCGGACACAACGCAGAACUCCCCGCUCGGCUCCGCCAACAACUUCUUCGGCGAUGCGGAUGGCCUCGCCAUGGCGGCGGUGACGUGCAGUCUCCCGCAGAACGCCGUCAUCUUCAUGACGGGCAUCGCGGGCGGAAAGCCCGUGCCCAUAUCGACCGCGCUGUCCGGCGGGCAGCAGUUCAUGUCGCUCGCCGCGUCAGCCGGCGGCCAGGGCCUGGGCCUCACCGUCAACCAGGAGCUGUCGCUGGAGUCCGUUCGACCGAACCUGGCGCUUCCGCCGACGGCCAACCACGAGCUGUCGGGGCUGGCCGCGGGGUCGAGCUCCGAGCUGUCGGGUCUGACCCUGCUGCCGCACGGCGGCCUGGACUCCGCCCUGGCGCUGGCGGGGGCCGUGGCCGUCGACCACCACCAGAGCAUGGACACCGGAGACAGUGGCGGCGGUGGCGGGGCCUCCAUCAUCAGCGCCCCGUCCACGUUCGACCCCGACGCUUUCCUGAACAGUCCCAAGCAGGGCCAGACGUACGGAGGGGGCCUCAACAAGGACUCUAUCAACCCGGGGUACGCGUCUCCGGGCGCCGCCGAGGCUGUCUUCAGCCCGGCAACGGGACUCAUUCAUUCGUUGAAGACGGAAGUCAAAGGAAUGGAUCAUCAAGUGGACGAGGAGUACGGAGGGAUGAUUGUCUCGUCCGAUCCCGUUGCCUCCACGCUUAAGCCAGACAACCAGUUGCUUAUCAACUCUGAGUCAACCAACCAGAUUAUUAAGGGGACGUUGAUCUCCUCUGGGUGCCUGAGUCCCUCUACGACUCUGGAGAAUAUGGACUUCAGUAGCCUUUACACACACAAGCCUUAUUCAGCCAUCACCUACACGCACCUUCCUGCCAGCCCCCCUUCCUCCUUACAAAUCCAGCACCAGCAUUCACAGCAGCAGCAGCAACAACAACAGCAACAGCAGCAGCCAUCUCCUGGGUUUUUCACAUUGCAGGAGAACCCCACAAAAGAGGAGCAUCAGCCGCAACAGCAACAACAGCAACAACAACAACAACAGCAGCAGCAGCACCUUGGCUGCAGCAAGCCGGCGAGCCCACUCGCCCAGACCCAGGUCCUGAAGACGGAAAGUCCUACGCAGUUUUCAGCAGUGUGUGCUGGAGUCAAUGGCAACGGGCCUAGUGUCAGCGGUGGAGUGAGCGUCCCUUCCCCCAGUGUGAAAUCGGACCCCAGCUCCCCGGUGCGAUUGUACCAGUACCAGCCGGAGCUGCAGGCAAUGCCCCAGCAGGACGUGGAGACGGCCAUGGACACCUCGGUGUCCGUGAGCGUCCACUCGUCGACGGGCGACAUCGCGAUGGCGCCCAAGGUCCCGUCGGAUGCCGGGCGGCAGUUCUCGGAGCCCAAAGUGAGCAGCAGCAGUAACGGUGGCACGGGGCUAGCGGCGCUGCAGGCGGGCAAUGCAGGAGACCUGUAUAACAUGGUGCAGAGCGACAUGGCCAGUGCGUCGGCCAGCAGCGGGACGAGCUCUGGCGGUGGCGGCGGGGGAGGCGGUGGUGCCUCGAACAUGGAGAUCAACCUGGAGCAGUUUGACCUGACCUUCGAUAGCCAGUUCCCUGACCUCAUGGCCGACUUCAUGGCUACGGACUCUGGAGGUGGAGGCUCCCGCAGUCUUUACGGCCUACAGGAGAGGCUCAUCGAGGGCAGCAGCAACGGUGGUGGCGGAACUGUGAGCACUUUCACGUCACACGUCCCCAUGAACUGCACGCAGCCACAGCAGCAGCAGCCACAACAACAGAGUCAACAGCAAGCCCAGAAUGGGCUACCUGGCCUACAGCUGAGCACGGCUGGCAGCUCGGUUUCGUUUGUGGGGAUGGCUGGUGUGGAGUCGCCGCAGGGCAUGGUGGGAAGUGAUGGACAUGGGGCCGGCACUGGGCAGCUGGUGACUGUGACAGAUUUUUCCCCGGAAUGGUCCUACCCUGAGGGAGGAGUGAAAGUUCUUAUUACGGGUCCGUGGAAUGUGAGCAGCGACAGUUACAGCUGUCUCUUCGACCAGAUCUCCGUCCCUGCGACGUUAAUUCAGAGCGGGGUGCUUCGCUGCUAUUGCCCAGCUCACGAGGCAGGGCUGAUCACGCUGCAGGUGGCGUGCGAAGGGCAGAUCAUUUCCACCGCCGUGGUGUUUGAGUACCGGGCGCGCAACUCUCUGUCGCUGCCAGCCACGCAGCACGACUGGCUCUCGCUGGAUGACAAUCAGUUCAGGAUGUCCAUCCUGGAGCGACUGGAGCAAAUGGAGAGGCGGAUGGCGGAGAUGACGGCGGCCCAGCAGCAAAAGCCGAUGGCGGGCAGCGGAGAGGGCAGCAGUACGCAGGCGCAGGGCUGCGCGGCGGGAGAGGCGGGCGGUUCGUUCGAGGAGCGCAUCAUCGCCGUGUGUGAGCACAUGAUGGCGAGCGCAUGCUGGGGCAAGGCGGAGCGGCUCGUGCACACCAAGAGCUUCCGGGGCAUGACCCUGCUGCACCUGGCAGCCGCGCAAGGUUACACGCGCCUCAUCCAGACGCUCAUCAAGUGGAGGUCCCACCACACGGAGAGCAUCGACCUGGAAUUCGAAGUGGAUCCUCUCAACGUCGACCAUUUCUCCUGCACUCCUCUGAUGUGGGCGUGCGCCUUGGGCCACGUCGACGCGGCGGUGGUGCUGUACCAAUGGAACAGCCGGGCCCUCUCCAUCCCGGACUCGCUGGGCCGCCUGCCCCUGAGCGUGGCUCACGCACGCGGACACGUCCGUCUGGCCGCGUGUCUCGACGAGCUGCAGAGGCAGCAGGGGGUGGACGCCAGGCCACCGCACAGGGUGGAGGCCCCUGGGCGUGGGGACAGUGGCUCCACGGUCUGGAGCACGGGCACCAGCACUCAGGACUCCCUUGGGGCGCCGUCUCCCUCUUUCUCUCAGCUGUCGACGAGCCCAGACACGGGCCUGAGCGUGCUCAGCAGCUCGGUGUCAUCGCCGACAAUCUCGGACACGCGGAGCCCACUCUCUACGCACUCGUCCCACGGUUCCCCGGAGCAGGACUCCCCGCUGCCCAGCCCCGACGUGGCCACCUCGCAGGCCUUCGUCUCCCCGAUCCCCGCCUUCCCGUCGAGCCGCAGCGACCCCCUGCCCUUCGCCACGGACCGGAGCGGCCCUCCGACCGCGGGCGUCUUCGCGGUGAGCGGCACCCCGCUGCCCGCCAACGGCGCCACUGCCGCCGCCGCCGCCGGCGGCUUCGCGAUUCGGCCGUCCGGCGCCCCAUCGCAGCGGGACGAAGAGAUGGAGGUGUCGUCCGACACGAGCGCCCAGGCGCAGGCGCCCGUCUUCCUGUUCCCCAUGGCACCCGCGAGCGCCGCGCGAGAGCUGGAGCGCGGUUCGGCCCAGCGGGAGGCGGCGGAGAGGGAGAUGGCAGAGGCCGAGCUGCUGUCCUACAGCGAGAACCUGGAGAAUGAGGCAUACCUCCCGGCCAUGGAGGUGCUCCAGGUGGACAUGAUAACGCUGGCCGAGCAAAUAAUACAGGCCACUCCGGAGAGGAUCAAGCAGGAGAACUUCACACCCAUGGACUCCCCCCUCCGAGAAAGGCAGGGAAACCACGCCAUCAACCAAACCAUGGCCUGGCUCGCUGGCUACCUAGGGGACGUCGACCACCUGCCCAACCUAUCCCAGCACAGAUCCCUGUACAAUGAACCGCUGACGCCCGCCUCCAACACCAGCCUGAGCCCCGUGAGCUCCCCACUCAACGAGAUCGCCUUCGAGCGCGUGGAGACCCCCACCGCGGCCGACUGGUCGGCCUUCCUCAAUGCCUCCACCAAUGGCAAGAUGGAGAACGAGUUCUCUCAGCUGACGCUCUCUGACCACGAGCAGCGGGAGCUCUACGAGGCGGCCAAGAUCAUCCAGACGGCCUUCCGCAAGUACAAGGGACGGCGUCUAAAGGAGCAACAGGACAUGGCUGCAGCUGUUAUCCAGCGAUGCUACAGGAAGUAUAAACAGCUGACAUGGAUAGCGCUGAAGUACGCACUUUACAAGAAGAUGACACAGGCGGCCAUCCUCAUCCAGAGCAAGUUCCGCUCCUACUACGAGCAGAAGCGCUUCCAGCAGAGCCGCCGGGCGGCCGUGCUCAUACAACAGUACUACCGCAGCUACAAGGAGUACGAGAAACUCAAGCAGACCCGCCGGGGCACCAUCAACCUCCAGCAGAAGAUGAGGGGAAGCUUCUUGAGCAAGAACCAGGACCAAGCUGCGCGAAAAAUCAUGAGGUUCCUUCGAAGAAGUAGACACAGAACGAUUUUGGAGAGUAGACAUUUUCGAAGGAAUGAAGGAAUUAAAGCAAGCGCGAGAAGUGGAAAGUCCUCAGAAGCACAGCCUGACAACCUAACAGCCCCGCUGGGAGGACGCCACUCAACCAUCUCGUGCUAGGCCAGGCCUGGGCUCUACUCCCCCACCCACCCCAUCUGUGUCAGAUCCUAAAACCCUGUUGCCCCCUCGUCCAGGGUGGGCUGUUCACGCUGGAUCUUUUUACUUGCGUUUAAGUGAACGUCACGUGCCUUACGUUACGCGAAACGUGCUCACACCACCGCGUGGAACGUAACUCGCCCCCCUCGUGCGUUAGGCUGCCCCCCGUGGUAUGGCACGUGGUGCGUGACGACUGCUUCAGAGCCCUUGAGCCCCACCAACCCACCCGUCCCCCCCCCACCUUCUUUGCUCUACCCCAUAACCUCGAUUGGCUGCCAGGCUCGUAUCCUCGGCAUUCUAAAACUUCAGCCCUAAGCGAACGGUUUUAGGGGGCACGUAAACUCUUCAUCCUAACCCCCCCUCCCCACAGUGACGUCCCUGAAGUGAGGCUUAAGUGGCCAUUACGUUACAUUGCGUGUGUUAAGCGAUCCAGCGUGAACCUACCUCAACUCUUUAUCCGCUGUCUUUUUAACUUUGUAACCCUUUCACUGGUACCCCCCCCCCACACCCAUGCACCUAUAUCCCUGGAUGUCUGAAUUACACUCGUGCGUGUAGCCACUGGAAUGUCGCACAGAGUAAACCGAUGUCUGUUCUAAACUACUGGGUGAAAUAAUGUGUACCAUACAUAUUAAAGAGCUUGAUUACUGUGUAAAUGUUUUCAUAACACCUAAAGUCCUUCCAUUUCAGUCUCCCUGAUCUUAUUUUCUCUCUCGGUAAAUGUUCCCCUCAAAUAAUGUCCUUUGUCGAUACACGAAUGCCCCUUCCAUUUUGUUAGUCUCAAACAACUGUGGCUUUUGCAUGCAGAACUUGGGCCCCCUAAAACAAAAACAGUGCAUAUAUACACAAGCACACACAUACGCACACACAUAGCACACGUCAUAAUUACUCUGGUGUGACAAUAAAUGGAAACUGCACUGCAUGGCACAGGCCAAUAAUGUGGACAUUUACCACGAAGUAUUGUACGUGCAAUACAAACAAGCUUGAGCAAAAAGUACAUACGUGGGGUAUAAUGCAUACCAUUGAUCAGUAGCUCCCAUUCUUCGGUCCCAUAAGGUGGAUCAAAAGGUGACCCGAAGAGAAGAAAAGACCGUGCUAAACGGUGGGUCCACCAUGACAAAAGGUUGGGAGCUACUGCUCCUCCAUGAAGUAACUCUGUCACCCUUCCCAUGAAGCAGCCUUGGAAAUGUGUAGCUAACGUGUGCCGUCCCUUCACUGCCGUCCCAACACUUCGAUAGCUCAAAGUAGCAUGCAGAUAGGAUUAGUAGUAGGUUACUGUCCAUAUUCUGUCCUCGGGUCACAUCUCAUGAGGUUAUAGGCUCGCUCUAUACACUUCCUGCACUUUUAUAACUGAAUAAGAUCUUUGUAGACAAACAUGCUUAACAUAAUGCACACUGGAAAUGUGACGAAGGAUGGCACAGACGUUGGGAAAGCAGGAAGAUCGAGCUUUGCUCCUUUACAAGUUCUCAUAGUUGCGGGCAUUUGUCAGAUAAACAAAGAAGGUUGAAUGUAAUAUGGUUAUAUGUAUAUAUGGAGUGUAUAGAAAGCUUUAAAACAAAUUACAUGUGCUCGCAUGACAAAUGCAUCUUAUAAUAAUGCAUUGUAUAAACUUAUAGUGCGCAUAUUUUAAAACAAAUUAAUAUAAGGAAGAGAAUUUAAGCAAUAUAAUUUAGAAAGCAUGGCUUGAUUGAGAAGUUGCCUCUAAAAUAUAGGAAUGCUUUUGGCUGGACACAAACGUAGCAUACAAUCGUCUUUAUUUAACAUAUAAUAGUUUGCCUUCUUGUAGUCAAGCCUGAGAGACGCACAUUUAUAUAAAGUUAAAAAAAAACCUGUCUAUUUCGAUGUAUUGCUUGUUCACAAAUGUAACUUAUUAAUGUCACCUUUCUUCUGCACUGAUUUGUUUCUGUUUGUACUCUGUGUCAUGGCUGAUAUUUGCUUUUAUGUACUAGACAGUGUCUUGAGCGGAGCGCUGAGCUCCUGCACUGAGCUACCGCACGUGCGAAUAACUGCGCCUGUGUCCAUUAAGUUGGUGUACAUUAUUAAUGUGACUAGCCUGGAUGUAAACCUUUCGUUUCAUUUUCUCGUUUUUAUUUUAUUACUGGUAUGGUUGUAUGAUUAUUUAUUAAUUUAAAAAAAUAAGCUUUGUUGGUUCCAAUGCUUGACUCUUUUUUACAUUUGCUCUCCAAUGCUUGUUCUCGUUUAUAUAUUUU